AUGUCUGCUUCAAAGCCCGAGGUCGUCCUCAUUGGAGGUGCCUUCCACUACCCAGAAUCCUAUGCCAAGUUUCGCACUAUUCUUGAAUCUCAAGGCUUGCCGGUCCAUAUUCCUAAGCUCACGACAAUGAAUGGUGCACGACCCCCAACCGCGGAUCUUUAUACGGAUACAGCUGCUAUUCGCGAACUUGUCACUGGAUUAGCUGACGAGGGCCGUUCUCUGAUUGUCCUUAUGCAUUCAUAUGGAGGUCAAAUUGGCACCAAUGCUCUUGCAGGCCUGGGGGCCGAAGCUCGCAAGCAACAAGGCUUGUCUGGUGGUGUGAUCCAAUUGGUCUACAUUUGCGCACAUGUACUCUCGGAAGGCCAAUCCGUGUUCAAGAACAUUGAGCAAAGUGGACAUGCAGACUUCAUACCUAUCAUGUUCAACUAUGCUGAAGACGGGACCUGUAUUCCGGUGGAUUCUAAAAAUAUGGUGGGCCCCGGGCUUUCAGACGAAGACCUGGAAAGCUUUAUUGCAACCCUAGGACGCUGGAAUUCCAAGGCCUUCGAUCAGCCCUUGGAGCACUGUGCUUGGCGAGAGAUUCCGGCGUCCUAUAUCUAUACAUUAAAUGACUCCCUCCUGCCACUAGCCUACCAGAAAGCUUUCGUGCAGGGUAUGGAAGCCACUGUGGCAGGGCGUCAUGUUAAGACUUUUGAAAUUGAGACUGGUCAUUGUCCAACAAUUACGACACCGGAAGAACUCGCCAACAUUAUUCAACAGAUUAUCACGGAGGCCACUACCUAUACUUGA